AUGGGCAAGAACAAGGCGUCGAUCACGGUGGCUGACGUUUCCAACUCAGAACUUGAUAGAGAGUUUCAGCAACAACAAAUCAUCACGCACCUUCAUGAGUUCCAUGAGACAGUCACGCUGAUGAGCGUCUGCCAAGAUGAUCUGCAGCACCAUCUCACUGAUCUGCAGCCCACGAUUGCCAAGAUGACGGUCAACAGAGCCCGGCAAGAGAAAUUUCAACAAACAGUCAUUCGGGAACUUUGUACUCUCAAAACCCUACCCCCUUCCCAAAACAGGUCUCAGAUUCCCAUCAGGUUACUAGCAAAGCCACUCACUGACUUGCUCCAUAAGGAUAGUUUCCAGUGGUCUCUCACGGCGGAUCAGGCCUUGGGGGCUUUCAAAGUAGCCAUGACGUCUACGCCGAUUCUUGCCAUUCCGGAUUUCACCAAAUCCUUUACAAUUGAGUGUGAUGCUUCGGAUAGCGGAAUUGGAGCGAUCUUAUCGCAGGAGAGCCACCCUAUUGAGUUUCUUAGUAAGCCCUUGGCUCCGAAACAUCAUGCUCUUUCAGUAUAUGACAGAGAAAUGUUGGCAGUGGUCUUUGCGCAAAAAUGGUUGUUGAAAUUACUUGGCUACAAUUAUGCCUUGGAGUAUAGGCCCGGAUCCUCGAAAGCAGCCGCGGAUGCCCUUUUUCGCAGGCCGGAGGUCCUGGCCUUAAUGGGUCUGUCUCGGCUCCUGUUUGACUGUAUCACGGACAUACAAGCUACUACGCUUCGGACCCGUAGGCUUCCUCCAUUCUGA